GCGCGCGGCGAGAGACGGGGCUCGGCAAGCCAGCCCCGGCGCGCUGCCCUUUCCCAAUGACGUCGCGUCCUGAGCCAUUCUCCUCCCUCCAGCCCCCGUCCCUUCCCCUUCCAUCCUUGGAAGCCACAAUUCAGGAGCCACCGCCGGGAUAAAACCGCUCCGGCUGCCAGGGGACGGGGGCAUUGCUGCGAGAGAUGGCCGGGCUGCGGACCUCUUCUGCCUUCCUGCACCUCCUGCGCGGAGCCGCCUUCCUCCUCCUCUCCAGCCUCCCGGCUUCGUGGCAAGGAGGGGUCCCAGGUGGAGUGGGGGUUCCAGGAAGAGGAUUUUACCCAGGAGCUGGUGUCGGAGGUCUGGGAGUAGGUGGACUCGGGACUGGAAUCGGAGGAGCAGGGUUUGGUGGAGGAGCGAAACCACCCAAGCCGGGUGUCGGCGCACUAGGAGGGCUCUAUCCAGGAGGGGCUUACCCAGGAGGCGUCUAUCCAGGUGCUGGAGCUGCCGGAGCUGCUGCAGCCUAUAAAGCUGCUGCCAAAGCUGCAGCUGCUGCUGGUGGUGUUCCUGGAGGUGUCGGUGUACCUGGAGGAGUACCUGGGGGCGUUGGCAUACCUGGAGGUGUUGGCGUACCUGGAGGAGUACCUGGAGGCGUUGGUGUACCUGGGGGUGUUGGUGUACCUGGAGGUGUACCAGGAGGUGUUGGCAUACCUGGUGUUGGAGCCAAACCUGGGAAAAUCCCCGGAGUCGGGAUCCCUGGAGGUAUCCCUGGUGGUGUGGUACCCGGCACAGGGCUCCGGUAUCCUGGCGUAGGGGUGUUGCCAGGUGUGCCAAUUGGAAACGGAGUCAAGCCGAAAGUCCCAGGAGCAGGAGGAGGUGCCUUUGCAGGAAUCCCUGGGUUUGGAGGCUUUGGAGGACAGCAGCCGGGACUACCUCUGGGCUAUCCCAUCAAGGCACCUAAACUCCCUGGUGGUUACGGGCUGCCCUACAGCACUGGGAAGUUGCCGUAUGGUAAUGGAGUUCGUGGAGUGCUUGGUGGAGGUGGAGGGAAGGCUGGCUACCCCACGGGCACAGGUGUAGGAGCCCAGGCAGCAGCUGCGAAAGCAGCCGCAAAAUACGGAACAGGGACUGGUCCCCUAAUUGCGAUUAAUGGCAUCAGCCCAGGUUAUACCGUAGGUGUGGUAAGGCCUGGUGUCGGUGGCCUUCCAGGAGGCAUAGGUGUGGGUGGUCCAGCAGCAGCGGCGGCGGCGGCAGCUAAAGCGGCAGCCAAAGCAGCGGCUUAUGGUGGUGCCGGGGCAGUCCCUGGCCCCGGUUUUGGGGGUGUGCCAGGAGUGGCUCCCGGUGUAGUGCCAGGUGCUGGAACGGUCCCAGGGGGAACUGGAGUGGGAGGAGUUGCAACUCCAGCAGCAGUAGCAGCAGCCAAAGCAGCCAAGUAUGGUCUGGUUCCAGGCGUUGGUGGCGUUCCAGGCGUUGGCGGCGUUCCAGGCGUUGGUGGUGUUCCAGGCGUUGGUGGCAUUCCAGGCGUUGGAGGUGUCCCAGGUGUUGGUGGCAUCCCAGGUGUGGCUCCAGGUGCUGUCCCAGGUGUUGGGGCGGCAGCGGCAGCGGCAGCAAAGGCAGCGGCUAAAGCAGCAGCUUAUGGGACUGGGGUGGCACCUGGCUUUGGAACUGUUCCUGGUGGCGUUGGACCCGGUGGCAUUGGACUCGGUGGUGUGGGGCCUGGUGGCAUUGGAACUGGAGCACUGGUACCGGGGAGCCCUGCAGCAGCUGCAGCAGCAAAAGCAGCCGCCAAGGCAGCUAAAUAUGGAGCUGGUGGAGCAAGAGGCCUGGUGCCCGGUGCCGGAGGAGUCGGAGGCCUGGUGCCCGGUGCCGGAGGAGUUGGAGGACUGGUGCCCGGUGCCGGAGGAGUUGGCGGCAUUGGAGUGCCUGGGCUUGCAGCAGCAGCGGCAGCUAAAGCAGCGAAAUAUGGUGCUGGAGCAGGAGGCGUUCCUGGAGUAGGAGGCGUUCCUGGCGUGGGAGGCAUUCCUGGCGUGGGAGGUGUUCCUGGCGUGGGAGGAGUACCCGGUGUAGGUGGAGUGCCUGGUGGUGUACCUGGUGCAGGGAUCCCCCAAAUUGGAGCACAGCCCGGAGCCAAGGCUGCCAAAUACGGUGUUCCAGGAGCUGGACUGGGUGGAGUCGGCGUUCCAGGCCUUGGCGGCCGAGGAGGAUUCGGAGUCCCCGGUUGGGGGGGUGUCGGAGUCGGAGGCGUGGGAACUGCAGGGCUGACUCGCGUGAUGGAGUAUCCAAGGCCUGUUGUUAAACCACCCAAACCAGGUUUUGGUGGAGUUCCACAAGAUGGGGGUGCUGUCCCUGGCUAUGGGUUAUCUCCCAUUUAUCCAGGAGGAGUAGCUGCAGGCCAAUUGGGCUAUGGUGGAAAACCCCCCAAGCCCUACGGAGCCCUGGGCGCACUGGGUUACAGAGGUGGAGUUGGCCGCAAGAGAAAGUAGCCCUGCUGGACUUCACACCAUUCACCUCAUGAACUUUGGUGCUAUUGCCUGGUUUCCAAUGUACCUCCCCGCCCCAAAUCCAGCAGAGAUUCCACCACCACCUCCGCCACCUCGUGCCUCGCCCCACGUCCCCCAGCCAGUCUCCGCCCCUUCCAUCCCUCUCACUGGUGCUACAACCAUCCUGUGGGGACCACCCUCCCACACCUUCCACUCCCCUGGGGCUCUUGGGUGCUGCGGCCAAGGAGGGGCUGCGUUUGGAGGGGGCUGCCCCAGCACUUUAACCUGCUCCUGAGCCCCGUGACCACACGCGGGGGUCAGUAGCCCUGGCCAGUCGGCCCUGCCCCCUGUCAAGUCUCUCUGCAGGCUCCUCUUUGGAUAUAAGAGGGGGGUGUCCCCAGUUAACCCGGGGCCCAUUAACUGGAGCCCUUUUCUCUUACCCCGACAUGCUGCCUGCUUACAUGGGGAGCAACUCGGGUCAAGCCAGCAGCACCAAUGGGAUUAAACUCGAUUCCACAGUGGCUGCUAGCUGCCAGAACCCGUGACGGAUUAACCCCGCCAGUCUGCGUCCGGCAUAUCUAAUGGUGGGCAGCGUCACUUCGUCUAGAUCCGAGCAAGCGGGCUGUCCUGCGCCUGUCCCGGAUCCCCGUCCAUGACCGGCUGACCUGCUCCACAUCUUCAUGCUAAUCACUUCGAUGUAACUGGGAUGGGACACUUUUUAUAAAGGAGAACCGUAACUGCUUUCCCCCCCUAAAAAUAAAAAUCAACUAAUAAAAUAACUUUUUAAAGGAAA